UCGGGUGAAUCCAGUUGGGCCAUAGAGUUCGAAUACUGCAGACAGGCAACACGAACUACGGUCUAUUUCUGUAGAACUUGUGAAAUAACCGUGACAAGUUAAAUACACUGAUCAAGUUAUUAGUGACAAUAUUCGGUCUAUGAAGUCAGUCACACUGCGUUAUUCAACUUCGUGAAUACUUUCUGUGGAUCUUAAACCGUGAAAGAGGGGAAAAACGACGACGCAUAAAAGUUGUUUGACCUUCUCAUUAGGUUGUGCGGAAGAGAAAACAAGUUUUGUUGAAAAGUCACACUUCGGCUCACAGUGGGCUCGACCUGCGAACCAAGCGAUUGGCACAAGACGGCACGGAGGCCUUACCGACCGAGAAAGGACAACUCCUUUCGUCAUCAGGAAGUGCGUUUCCGGAAGUGAGCAAGUGUUUGAAGGUCAAGGACGGUGUACAGGAAGUAGCAAAGCUUUCACACAUACAGUCUCUUACACUGGUAGAGUUGGGACGAAAUAAUGGCCAAAUACACACUACAAACCUGACUGGAUAGAUACACUAACAGCGAAGAGGUUUUUAAAUGCUCCGGUUUGGUUAGUUACCGAAACACAGGCUGUGCAAGAAGGCAAAACGAUGUCGAAGGCACCUCACGAUAACUUGGUCACUUUCAAAUUGGUGGUGGUCGGCGAUGGUGGUGUGGGCAAGUCAGCCCUUACUAUACAGUUCUUUCAAAAAAUGUUUGUUCAGGAUUAUGAUCCGACAAUUGAAGAUUCAUACAUUCAACACACGGAUAUUGACGGGCAGUGGUGUAUUCUGGACGUGCUGGACACGGCUGGGCAAGAGGAAUUUAGUGCGAUGAGGGAGCAAUAUAUGAGGAAGGGGGACGGAUUCCUCCUUGUCUACUCCGUCACAGACAAACAAAGCUUUGAAAACAUCAGGAACUUCCACACUCAAAUAUUACGGGUAAAAGACAGGAACAACUAUCCCAUGAUCCUUGUGGCCAACAAAGUGGACUUAGUGCACCAGAGGAAAGUCAGUGAGGACUUAGGGCGAGAUCUCGCAUCAGAGCUGCGUAUUACCUACAUUGAAACAAGUGCUAAGGACCCUCCCCUUAAUGUAGACUUUGCCUUCCAUGAAGUGGUCCGAGUUAUCAGGUCACAGCCAAUAGAUUUGAAGAAACAAAGAAACAGAAGAAGAAGUAAGCAGAGGAAGUGUUCAAUCCUUUGAUUUCUGUCAAUCAUUGUCAUCAAACCUUUGAUGUCUGUCAAUCAUUGUCAUGAAUGCUUUUCAUUGUCUGAUCUGUAAAGGAUUGCUGGUGAUCCUUUAUCUUGAUCGGAUAGAAGAUGUGUCAGUGAAAUGUGUAUAUAGUGGCUUAGAUGUAUGAAGUCAUCCAAUAUUUUGUGUAGUUUUUUGUAGACCGACAACUCUGAAACCCAGUUGCCUUAGGACAUCACAUUGAAUUUACGGGGUUUAAUCGUAUGUGUUGGAUUGACAUGAGCUGGACAUGGAGUUGCAUUCUACUGUUGUACUGGAUACUGAGAGUGACUAUUGAUGGGGAAACAACUAUUGUAAUAGCCAUAGUCUAUUGCGACCAACUAUUGCAAUACUGUUGCAUUAGUUUUUUUCUCCUUGAAUUGUCUCAUUUGAAGUCAUUUCCCAAAUGAAUGUAUAGUUAUAUGCGAUAUAAACGAGUUGAAGUAGUCUCUUUUACAAACUGGCAAGAAACUUGAAACCCAGAUCAAGUAAACAGUUAAAUUAUAGACUUAUUGUUAUUCACAAUUUCAAACUCUGAGUCGCAUGUCAUGUUUGCCGCCAUGUU